CGCCGCCGCCGCCGCCGCCGCCGCCGCCGCAUGGCUCCCGCUUCGACACCCUCCGUGGCCAGUUGCGCGGCGAGCGGCGAGCGGCGAGCGACGGCCUGCUUCUGCGCGCGACACCGAGGACGGCGGAGCUGGCGCUCGGCGAGGGGACGACGGUGCCGAGGCCCGAGGCAUGUAGGCGCGCGGAGCAUGAGUCCCGCGGCGGAGGGCGGUCCGGGCGGGCGCGCGCGGACCACGGCGGCGCCGGGCCGGCGCGCUCGCGACUGCUAGCGCCGGCAUGAAGACGAAGAAGCGCCUCGCGCUCCUCGCGGUCUGCCUGCUCGUCGUGGCCCUGCUGCUGCUGCUGCUCGGCAACGAGCAGCUCGCCCGCACCGCGCACCUCGCCCUCCUCGGCCGAUCGGCCGACAUGGACGUGUCCUGCUACGAGAGGCCUGCCGGCGAGCACUCCUUUCCCAGAUUCGACCCUGCCGAAGAGCGAGUGCGGCUGGCCGGCGGACGCAACAUCUUCUUCCACGAGACCUCGUGCUUCGCGGGCGAGGGCGACGACGGGGCCGGGGCCGGGGCCGAGGCCGAGGCCGAGGCCGAGCUGAACUGCCGGCAGGCGUGCGCGGUGGAGUCGGCGGCGCGCCUGAACCCGGGCAUGUCGGUGAACCUGCUGUUCCUGUCGGCCGCGGGCCCGAGCAACCGCACGGCCGGGCUGGUCGACCAGCUGCUGCGCUACGGGAACGUGCGCGUGAUGCGGCUGCUGGUGGCCGAGUAUCUGCGCGACACGCCGCUCGAGCGCUGGUUCGCCGAGGGCCGCGUGCUGCGGACCAGCUACUGGCCCAGGAGCCACAUGUCCGACGUGCUGCGCUACCUCACCCUCUGGAAGUUCGGCGGCAUCUACCUGGACCUCGACGUCGUCGUCACCAGGUCCUUGGAGGACUUGAGUAACUUUGCCGGCGCGGAAGACUGGAUGGACGUGGCCGCGGGCGUGAUCGGACUCGCUGCCAAUGGCCUCGGGCGCAGAGUCGCCGACGCCUGUCUGCGCGACUUGAUGAGGAAUUUCCGCGGCAACCUCUGGGGAAACAAUGGACCCGGCGUCAUCACUCGGACGCUGCAAAAGUUCUGCGCCGUCGAGCACGCAAAAGACAUGACGACGGAGCGUUGCAGCGGUUUCCAAGUUUUUCCGCCAUCUGCCUUCUACCCAAUUUUCUACAAAGAGUGGAGGCGAUACUUUACGAUGAUCGACUCGAAUGAGACAAUGCAAAUGAUUGAAGAAGCUCGAGCUAUCCAUGUGUGGAACAAGCUGAGCGCCUCCGAGGUGGUACGGGUCGGCAGCGAAGUGCCGUAUGCGCUGCUCGCUCAGAAGCACUGUCCUCGGAUUUAUAAUAGCUGCGGUCCUUACUUUUAAACUUUAGCACUCGGCUAUUUUGAAGCAGUAGCACGUGCGCUACGUCACGUUCGCUCAACGAAUUCCUUUAUUUAUGUAGUCAGACAUUGACCGAUUUCACCUAACAAAUCUACACAUCUGUCCAUAUUUUUUACAAAAUAAUAAAAAUGUUAAGAAAGUUAUUCUAUUGAUGUCAUAUUACGCCUUU